UCAUACCCGGAUUGGGAAAACGGAGCUAGCCAGUUAGCUAGCUAGCAAGCUCUGCUGAACGCUACUAGCAGAGGCAGCGGUUAACGUGACAUAGGUUUUAAUAACAGGUUUUACUCAAGAUGUCAGUUUAAAAGAGAAUAACUGAAUUGCCACACGUUUAUUGUUGCUAGCUAUUUUAGUGCAGUUAAACUGGCAGCUCGCAAAGUAAACUAGAUAAGGUAGGUUAACCAGCCGGUUAAAUUAGAGCUAAUAGACGUCUCCUGUGCCUAUCUAGCUGCCUUAGUUUAAUUUAUUUUCUUGGCUAUAUAAGCAAACUUAAUAAGAAUGUCGGAGUCUGGUCACAGCCAGCCCGGAAUGUACGGGCCAGGCCGGAGAAGAAGGCGACGGCGAGACAGAGACCCAGGGCCUCCGGGACAAAACCUUUCCGGGCCGAGUCGCGACAGGGAAUUUGUGCCUCGUGAACGUAGGGAUGGUAGCGAAGAGCCCCCGGGCCCAGUGCUUCCGAAGACCCCCAUCAUUCUGGCCAAACCUCCCGGAGAGAGGUCCAAGCCGAGUGCUCCUGUCAGUGGCACCCCAAUGGAAAAGCCUGUUAUGCUUAUAAAGCCCAGAGAGGAAGGCGGAAAAUCUGGCGUCACCCCUGAUGCGGCCCCUCCAGCUUCUGGUACCGGAGUUACAAAGUUAGAGAGGGAGGGCCAGCGUCCGACCCAACCCGUCUAUCAGAUCCAGAACCGGGGAAUGGGCUCGGCUGCGUCCAGUGGGGCUGUCGACCCUGUGAUUGGCCAGACAAAGCUCCUCCCACCUGAGAAGAUGAAGCACAGCAUUAAACUGGUAGAUGACCAGAUGAGCUGGUGUGACAGUGCGAUGGAGUAUCUGCGUGACCAGACAGACAUGCUGGUUGUUGGCGUCCUUGGGCUGCAGGGUACAGGGAAGUCCACUAUCAUGUCUCUCCUGUCUGCCAACACACCUGAAGAGGACCAGAGGAUGUAUGUAUUUAGGGCCCAGACACAGGAGAUCAAGGAGAGAGGGGGAAACCAGAGCAGUGGUAUCGACUUCUACAUCACGCAGGAGAGAGUCAUCUUCCUGGACACCCAGCCAGUUCUGAGCCCUUCCAUCCUGGAUCAUCUAAUCAAUAAUGACCGCAAGCUGCCUCCUGAGUACAACCUCCCUCACACAUACGUAGAGAUGCAGUCUCUGCAGAUAGCUGCCUUUCUCUUCACUGUGUGCCAUGUUGUAAUCGUGGUUCAGGACUGGUUCACAGACAUCAACCUGUACAGGUUUCUUCAAACUGCAGAGAUGCUGAAACCGUCAACACCCUCCGCCAGCCACGAGAGCACCGGCUCCUCAGGGUCUGAAGACGGGUCUGAGUACUACCCUCACAUCAUUUUCUUGCAGAACAAAGCAAGCAGAGAGGAGUUCUGUCCCCGAACCCUGAAGGACAUGCACGUGAUUGUGGACACGCUGAUGACACACUCUCACCUGAAGUAUAAAGGGACCUUGUCUAUGCUGGACAGUAAUAUUUUCCCGGGGCUUGAAAGAGAUUACCUCGGGACGGAAGUGAACCUCUUCCUUCUGCCGAUGAUGGAGAGCGAGGGAGACGAGGCCUUGGCCAGAGCAGGCUCUGGGACGACUCCCCUGUUCUCCCUGCUUCCUGGCUACAGGGGUCAUCCCAGCUUCUCCUCCCUGGUGGCCAAACUGCGCAGCCAAGUCUUGGCUAUGUCCCGCAAUCAGCUCUCACACACCAUCCUCACUGAGAAGAACUGGUUCCAUUAUGCAGCCAGAAUAUGGGAUGGUGUGAAGAAGUCCUCGGCCCUGUCUGAGUACAGCCGCUUGCUGUCGUAAGACCCCUGCGGCGGCUGCAGACGGGCCCGCAGACUCGCAGAGAAGAUGGGAAUCCCUCAGCUUCCUGCACCCUGACGCCUGGCCGCACUCAACCGCAGCACGGCUGGCUGUCUUCGUCCAAUAGGUGCCGUAAAGAUCUGAAAGAGUGGGUCGUGCUUCCUGCCAAACCCUCUAACCUAUUGGGAAUGGAAAUAUAGCACGUGCAUGUUCGCUGUGAAUGCUGGAUUGUGAACCAACCCAGCAAGUUGUGAAAUGUGAGUGGUUUUGGAGUUUUUCACUGGGUUGAUGACGAGCAGAUGAUGUGCUAAGGGACUGGCACCAGACUGGCACCAGAGGGGCCUGGCACCAGAUCAUCUCACAACUGUGGAAUCUUCAGACAAAUUUGUUUAUUUAUUUUCUGGAAAAAAAAAAAAACAGUUGGCAGAACACUGUUCUCCAUCAAGUUUGAUUGGCUUAUGUAUUUUUACAGUUUUGAAGAGUUUCACAUAUUUCCUUUAAAUAUACAUUCCUUAAAAACAUUGUUAAAAAUUGUGAUAUGUAAUUCUGCUUCUUAGUAUUAUGAUUUGUGUUGAUUGAAUGAUAGUCAUUUUAUAAUAAUUAUAUUUUAGAAUUUGAGUAUGUAAAAGUUACUGUAAAUCAUUGAAUAAAGAAAAUAAAAUGAUGCAUGUGAACAUAGAUUUAAUGUUAACAAUUUCCUUAAGAACUAUUUUAAAAUUUUGAUGGCUAUCACUAUAAGUAUAUGCUCUCAUUUUAAAAGUGUAUAGUGGGCUGUAAAAGACAGUAGUGGGCUCAGCAGUCAGAAACUAAAAAAGUCAGGGAGUAUUAACCAAUCAGGAAACUUAUCUGCAAGUAGGUGGACCUCCAAGCCUGUCGGUUAGCUUGUGCAUGAGGAAGGGCAAGCUAAGGGAGGCAAUUUGGAUGAAGGCCUUGGGUUUGAAGGAAGAGGUGAACCUGUUCAGUAGUCUGGUGGAAGUUGGCAAAAACUGCGAACAUAACUUAUGGCACCUGUAAGAAUACUUUUGCUACACUAAUGUGCACUGUAUAAGAAAUAAAUGUGGUAAAACCAUU